AUGCCAGUAUCGUGCUACUGUUUGGAUCGCAUGCACAGCAAAGCUUUGUACCACCCAGGCCUCAGCCCCAGGCUCCACCGACCCAGACCUCAGCCCCAGGCCCCACCGACCCAGGCCUCAGUCCCAGGCCCCACCAACCCAGGCCUCAACCCCAGGCCCCACCGACCCAGGCCUCAACCCCAGGCCCCACAGACCCAGGCCUCAGCCCCAGGUCCCACUGACCCAGGCCUCAGCCCCAGCCCCACCGACCCAGGCCUCAGCCCCAGGCCCCACCGACCCAGGCCCCAGCUGUGGGCCCCACUGACCCAGGCCUCAGCCCCAGGCCCCACAAACCCAGGCCUCAGCCCCAGGCCCCACCGACCCAGACCUCAGCCCCAGGCCCCACCGACCCAGGCCUCAGCCCCAGGCCCCACCGACCCCCAGACCUCAGCCCCAGGCCCCACCGACCCAGACCUCAGCCCCAGGCCCCCACCAACCAGGCCUCAGCCCCAGGGCCCCACAGACCCAGGCCUCAAGCCCCAGGCCCCACAGACCCAGGCCCCACCGACCCAGGCCUCAGCCCCAGGUACCACAGACCCAGGCCUCAGCACCAGGCCCCACAGACCCAGGCCUCACCCCCAGGUACCACAGGCCCAGGCCUCAACCCCAGGCCCCACCGAACCAGGCCCCAACCCCAGGCCCCACAGACCCCGGCCUCAACCCCAGGCCCCAUCGCCCCAGGCCCCAACCCGAGGCCCCACAGACCCAGGCCCCAACCCGAGGCCCCACAGACUCAGGAGCCGAUGGCCGCCGGCCUUGCCAACCCGCGAGGCUCCGGCCUCAAUUUCUCAGUGGCCCUCCAGCAGGCAUCACAGACUGGGCAACCCAUCUACACAACCUGGCCGAUUAAUGCGGGGGAAUUCUUCUCAUUUAGCCUGCGAUUCGAAUUCCAUUAAUUACACUCAAACUAAUGUAGUACGCAAAUGA